UUAACAGACAAUACUACAAUAGACAUACUAACUAGUAAAGUAGUAACUGCUAAGUGUUAAAUCUAACAAAGUACUCGUCAAAUAUUAAACUAAUCUUGUUGCCGUCACCAUCAUUGCAGGAUAAAUUUUUUAUUAAGUAUUAUUASUAUUGUUAUUAAUUGUUUAGUGGUACACAUUAACUUCAGUGAAAUGAACUCUAAAGUUGUUUGAACUAUUAUUUCUCCAUCACCGUUUCUCAAUUUUUUUUCGAAAAUGAGUAUUAUAUUUAAUAGAUUGAACAAGUCUGUUGCACAUUACUUUAAGUUCACAGCAYUAUACUCAACUCAAACACAUUUUGGUUUUCAAACAGUCGACCAAGCUGAAAAAUCGAAAAAAGUGCAUCAAGUUUUUAAAAGUGUUGCGGAUUCAUAUGAUGCUAUGAAUGAUGUUAUGAGCUGUGGUGUACAUAGAUUAUGGAAAGACGAAUUGAUGAGAACAUUGGAUCCAAGUCCACGUACACGACUAUUAGAUGUUGCUGGUGGAACAGGAGAUAUUGCUUUCAGAUAUUUAAAAUAUAUAUCAGAUAUGAAAGGAGAUGGGCAUGUGACAAUUGCUGACAUUAAUGGUUCAAUGCUGGAGGAAGGAAAAAAAAGGGCAUUAAAUUUGGAGUUAAAUCAAGACAAUGUCUCRUGGAUAGAAUGUGAUGCAGAGAACUUACCAAUGGAAUCAGAUUCUUAUUCUGCUUAUACAAUAGCAUUUGGUAUUCGAAACGUAACACACAUCGAUAAAGCUUUAGAUGAAGCCUACAGAGUACUUGAACCCGGAGGUAGAUUUCUAUGUCUAGAAUUUAGCCAAGUCAAUCCAGCAGCUUUAAGAUGGUUCUACGAUCAAUAUUCAUUCAACGUAAUCCCUGUUAUGGGCCAUAUAGUUGCUGGUCAGUGGAAACCUUACCAAUACUUAGUGGAAAGCAUUAGGAAAUUUCCAUGUCAGGAAGAUUUCAAAUAUAUGAUUGAGUCAGCAGGCUUCAGAUGUGUCAGUUACACAAACUUAACAUUUGGUGUUGUAGCAAUUCACUCAGGGUUCAAAUUAUAAAACUUACAAUCAAUUCAAAUCAAAAACAAUAUUGAAAUAAUUAAUUAUGAUACUAUAAUUAAGUGAGAAUAUAGAACUGUUAAUUUAAAAUUUUAUUUUAGAAUUUAUUAAUCAUCAAUGUUAAGACGCUACUUGAAACAUUCUUGUUUACACCAGUCAAAGAACACAAAAUAAAUUUUUAUAUAUCUAUGUUGCAAAAAAAAAAAAUAUAAA